AUGCCAGCCUCUGUGAGGGCAGUGGAGGGCAGCUGCGUUCUGGUCCCCUGCCAAACCCGACCCCAUACCAGGGUCGUCUGGUACAAACACCAGACAACAGGUUGGCCUGCCGUUUAUGAUGGGACCUACCCUGAUAGUGUUAUUGGUGAAUUUAAAGGACGGACUGCAGUACUGGGGAGUCCUUCAGAAGGGAACUGCACCCUCAGAAUCAACAACGUCAAGAUGUCUGAUGGUAUCACUCUGUUUCCCUACAUCAACCCAGAGUCUGACAAAUACUACAAACCGACUGUCCAGAUAAAGACUGAGCCUGCAGUGUCCAGCACUCCUGCCCCCCGCUCCCCAGCCAUCGAAAGUGGAGAGGCCUGGCCGGAGGGGCAGCACGGGGUGUCCACUCAGAGGGCAGCAGAGCUGUGGGUGGAGGUGUCCACCGUGACGGUGACUGCAGCACGUUCUCAACAUGGCAAACAGGUCCACUGCCGCACCGGUGAUAUGUCAACAGAGAGCGAAUCUCUCACUCUGGACAUCGCAUUUGCGCCUAUUGAUGUGAAGACCAGCACUGAGAGUCCCAUCAUUGCAGAGCAUGGUAACAUCAACCUGACGUGUAACAGCAUGAGCAACCCAGAGCCUGAGCGGUAUGAGUGGCUAAUCACAAAUGGGAGCCGUCACUUCCAGCUGAACUCAAGCAGGGAAACUAUAACCAUCACGGAUGUUCAGAGGGACUUCUCUGCUGCCUGCAUCGCUCACAACGCCAUUGGGGCUGGACAGUCCACUAAAACAUCCGUAGAUGUCGCUUUUGUCUCCAUCAUGGUGCCAGAGUCCUCGUGCUCAGACACAGGAAGGAUGUUGAGAUGCUUGUGUCAGGUGGAGGCAAACCCUGUCGCCACGGUGACAUGGAUGUUCAAUGGGAGCUCUAACAUCUCAGCAUCCGUGAUCCCUGCUGUCACCACGACAGGCGACUUGACGUCAUCAGAAGUCGUACUGGAGGGGAGACUAGCCGAGCAUGGGCCUGCUGUGUGUGUGGCAAAGAACUCCUACAGAACUGUGAAACAGCAGAUGGCCGUGCAGGAUGGAAAGAUCUCCCUGCCACUGCCAGUAUCCUUUCCAUGGAUUAUUUUGGCUUGUGCGUUUGGAUUUUUUGGUUUGUGUGGACUGAUCUGUUUCUGCCGGUACACAACAAAAAGGAAAUCCAAAAGCUCAGAUGGAGCUACCUCACCUAAAAUCAACAGGCAGAGACCGAAGGAAGAGCAAGUUAAAGCCAGAAGGACUAGGGCCCUGAAGCCUGAGGCCAAACUGUGUAACAACAGCAAAAUGGAUAACAAUGUUUGUAGAAUGGAAAUGGACACCAUCUAUGAUAAUGACCCUUCUCUUCAAACCCCAAAGGUGUCACAGGAAGAAGACUCUGAAGAUAUAUACAUAAAUGACAUGAUGGGUGACAGUCCUGAGAACAUUUACUUGAACAGCUGAACUUGGGAACAAUGGAGAAAUUAUUAUAGUACUGUACAUCAUCAUUGGAUAUAUUACAGUGUCAAGUAGAUUGAGUGGAAUAUAUCCCAAAUCAGAUAAGGUUGUUGUUUCCCCACCUCUCAUGUUGUUUUGUCCAAACCUUGUCUAGCCAUAGUUGGGCAUUAAUAUCAUGAAAAGUAUUAUUCAUAGCAAGCCCAAACUCCCAAGGAUGGAAGACAAACAUCAACUUCAACAAAACCAACUUUUUAUUAUAAACGUUUGUACCUA